GAAGCUCAGUUCUUUCUUCAUUAGCAGGCAAAGCACAUGCCCAAGAAACACAAAUAGAAGUUUAACAUUUAUAAUUGGAUCGCACAUCAAAGAAUACGUCUGUAAAUUCAUAAUCACAUGGCACUGUAAUUGACUGCACAAAAAUCAGAUCAAAAAAACCACAGAGAAGACUUCGCAAUCAAUUCUCAAUUAUUUUGGAAGAAGAAGUCACGAGACAAAGAUGCCAGGCAUAAUGUCAACGAAGCUCGUCUACUUUGUGUUUAUCGCCUUAACAGCGAAUUUCUUAUCAGUUUCGGCCAUUCGCUGUCAUCAGUGCAAUUCGCAUGAGAAUGCCGAUUGCGCCAAUCUGUUGGUGAAAACGCCACGUGCCCAACGCGACGAUCAAUAUCUGAGGGAAUGCACCGGACAAGGCGGCGGUGAUCAACAAGCAUUCUGCCGGAAGACAAUCAUUAAGUUGGAGCUGUACGAUGAGCAUCGUAUUGAUCGCAGCUGCGGCUGGAUAGCGGAGAAGACGCCCAACUCGUGUUUUUCGGCCGACAACGAGGGCUUCAAGCAAACCAUUUGCACCUGCAGCGACGAUGGCUGCAAUGGAGCAACUUCUCUGUCUGGAUUUGGUGGAAGUCUCAUCACAUCGCUGGGCUUAGCGAUGGUGCUGCGCUAUCUGCUGAGACACUGAUUUCCAUUUGCCAUUCCAUCGUUAACAUUGAGAAAUUGCAAAGAUAAAUUGUAAUAUAAUUGAAAUAUUUGUGCAUUAGACAUAAGCUCUAUAAUUUCACAUUUAAGUAGUUUGUAUUCGUAUUUGUAUUUAAAUACCAUAUUAAAUGAUGAAUGCUGUAUUCAUCUCUUGUUUUCUA